AUGAUGAGCCCGACAUACAACCCUGCAGCCGUCCCGACCGACAAUGGCAGCCGCCCCUCUCCAUUUCAAUCAAGUGAGUCUGCUCGCCUCCCCGCCUUCGAGGCAGUGGGUACCUACCCUUUGUUUUGCUCCAGCCGCGACAUCAACAACCAACCCGAUAGACCAACACGACGCUCCGCCUGGCCUCCUGGGUCCAGCGCCAAUAUGCGCCCUCCGCGGAUCGCCAUUCUCAUCCUCUUCUUCUUCGCAUCCCUCUUCCUCUUUUGCCGGUCCAUCACCUCGGGUCGCAAGUCUUCUCCCACCCAUCGCCCCACCGUGUCCGACGGCCCUCCCGCCAAGUCGGCCUUCCAAUCGCUAUUCUCCUUCUCGACGCCCUUUACGCUGUUUCCGCCAAACGCCGUCAUCUCCCUGACCGACGACAACAGCACCUCCUUCCAGGCCCGCCCCGCCGCCUUUGGACCGCCCCUGCCCCACAACGGCCUGAGCGGCCAGCUAUGGAUCGGCAGUGGUUUCGCCGACGAUAACCUUCCCGACAGCGAGGGCGAGGGCGAGCUUGGCUGCAGCGACGUGCCCGGAUGGGAAGACGGCACAUCGGGUCUAGCCGCCGUCAUCCCCACGAAGAAGUCCUACCCCAAAGACUCCAAGCUCCUCGCCCAGUCCCACACCAAGUCCAAAAACUCCAAGAGGGCAGCAGACUCCAAGGCUGUGCACCGCCAGUCGAGGCUUUCGCAGUCUUCGAAAUACCGUCACUUUGAUGACGGCACCCAUGACGGCACCGAUGACGGCACCGAUGACUAUCUGCAUCAGGGCCUGCAGCGCUCGUCGUCCGUCUCCCGCAAGGAGACUCCGCCCUCGGGCACGACACACGCCGACAUCCAGUCCAUCCAGGAGUCUGCCGAAAUCACGGGCAAGGUUGCGCUUCUCAGCCGAGGUGGCUGCGGCUUUCUCGAAAAGGUCAAGUGGGCUCAGCGCCGAGGUGCCGUGGCCGUCAUUGUUGGCGACAACACCAAGGGUGGCCCACUGAUACAAAUGUUUGCUAGAGGUGACACAUCAAACGUCACCAUUCCCGCCAUCUUCACCUCGCGCAUGACGGCAACAAUCCUGUCGUCUCUGGUGCAGCCCGGGAGCUUCAUCGAGGAUAUACUUGAUGAGAACGGGAACGCCGUCGUCAAAGUCCAGCAGUCAGACAAGGGCCGCGUUCACCGCAGGAUCAGAGGCCAGGGCUCUGUCGUCGGCAUGAGUGCAUCUUCUACCCCAAACAUCAAAGCAAAUGUCCCUAGAAAGCCCGUCAACGAAGCCUCCGCGUCAUCCACUCGGCCACGGAGCCGUGGAUGGUUCAGCAAACUGUUUCAUUGGGGUAGCGACUCGGAUGGGGUAUCUGGCAAGAACUGGGUUCUCGUCAACGACUGGAGCGAUGAAAAGGACAAUGCCAUUAGGAACAGCAUGGAGAAGGCUUCCAACACGAGAACCAACGUUGGCGAGGAUGACGACUUUGUCAUUGGUGUGCAAGAUUGGCGCGAUCCAGACCUCGUCGGCACACCUUCUCAACCCAAGGAGUCAAGUUUGGGACACGCCAAGGCGCUGCCGGCAGGGAACGUGGUCGAGGGCCCCGGCUCCCAAGGCCGCGAGGGGCUCUGGGUGACAAUCACACCGGCGAGCAGCGCUAGCCCCUUUUUCGACACACUGCUCGUGCUCGUUGUCAGUCCGCUGAUCACACUGAGCGUCGUCUACGCACUUCUCAUACUACGCGCAAGAAUCAGGAGGCGACGGUGGCGGGCACCAAAGUCGGUCAUCGAGCGCCUUCCCGUCAGAACCUACCACACGGUUGCAUCUUCGACUGCCCAAUCCUCGCGGAUACCCUCUCCAACGAGCUCGUCGCCGACGACGCCAUUGCUGCAGCACCAGCAUCUGCCCCAAUCACAAACAACCCAAGCCCAGCCACAGCCACAUGCACCACAGCCACAAACACAGCAGCAGGCGUCUCCCUCUCGCCCACGCCCGAGGUCACGCACCACGACCGAUGUUCCAGACUCGGGCUCAAGUUCGCUGCUCAGGGUGGAUUCGGAUCUGCAGGCGCCACGGACACCGUCACGUCCAGAGCACGAGAAAUCGGCGGCCCACCGCCCGAGCCAGUGGAAAAAGUACAUGGGUCGUCAGGUCGAGUGUGUCGUCUGCCUGGAGGAAUACGUCGACGGGGUCAGCAGAGUCAUGAGCCUUCCGUGUGGUCAUGAAUUCCACGUGGAGUGCAUAACGCCCUGGUUGACUACCCGCCGCAGAACAUGUCCAAUCUGCAAGGGCGACGUUGUCAGAUCGCUUGCCCGCGGCUCUUCAUCGAGCCCGCGGUAUGAGGCCUACCGCGACGACAGCGAUGAUGAUGAUGCCGAGGCCGAAAGCUCCGGUUCUGGGUCCAGUAGCAAUGGGGCUGCUUCGCCAGAGCGCGACAGCGACUUGGAACGUGGGAUUCUGGUGCCCGCCGACUCGCAGCGUGCUCGCCGCUCAAAUCGGGCCGACGGCUGGCUCGGCCUGCUUUCCAGCAGCCUCGGCGUCGUCACGUCACGCUCCAGGCGAGACUCGCAGGAGGAUCGCCGAAGCCGCUGA